AUGAACUUAUCUAGGAAAGGAGAAUCUAACAAUUUUUUAGAACCCACGGUGGGAGUUGAGGCCCCUUCUGUGUCCCACGUUCCUAUUGAACCAGCAGAUAGUAACUUGAGAAACUCAGUAGUCAACAGCAACCCAGUUCCUGAGAAGAAUAUUAUCCACCGUAAGCUCAAUUCCUAUGUUGGGUUUGCCAAUCUACCUCAACAAUGGCAGCGUAAGAGUAUCAAAAAAGGAUUCAACCUGAAUUUGAUGGUUGUCGGAGAGUCCGGUCUGGGUAAAAGUACUUUAGUUAGUACAUUGUUCAACAUGCCAAUGUAUGGGCCUAAGGAAAAGAAGGAUCCUGGAGCCGAAGUUCCCAAAACUGUCAACGUUAAGACCGUCAGUGCAGAGAUAGAUGAAGGGGGAGUUCGUCUCCGGCUUACUGUUAUUGAUACCCCUGGAUUUGGUGAUUUUGUCAACAAUAGCGACUCUUGGAAGCCAAUUGUCGAAGACAUUGAUCGACGUUUCGAUGCUUACCUUGAGGAUGAGAACAAAGUUCACCGCAGUAUGUCAAAUGAUAACAGGAUUCACGCUUGUAUUUACUUUAUCCAACCCACUGGUCAUUCUCUUAAACCAUUGGAUAUACUUGUCAUGAAGAAACUGCAUCAAAAGGUUAACUUAGUUCCAGUUAUUGCUAAAUCAGACACGAUGACAGAGGAGGAAAUUAUCACUUUCAAGCAUCGUAUCCUAGAAGAUAUCAAGCACCAAGAAAUUGAGAUUUUCGAACCUCCCAGAUAUGAAAAUGAUGACGAAGAAACUUUGGUUGAGAAUGCAGAAAUUAUGGCAAGUGUACCAUUUGCAAUUGUUGGCUCAACUCAGUUAGUAGCUACCCCUGACGGAAGAUCAGUUCGUGGUAGAAGUUAUCCAUGGGGUGUAAUUGAGGUUGACAAUGAGGAGCACUGUGAUUUUGUAAAGCUCCGUCAACUUAUUAUCCGAAAUCACCUAGAGGAAUUACGCGAACGCACCGCAAAUGUUCUUUACGAAAACUACCGUACUGACAAACUAACGUCACUUGGUAUUCAACAAGACUCAUCUGUUUUUAGAGAAGUCAACCCAUCUCAGAAACAAGAAGAAGAGCGCAAGUAUCAUGAAGCUCGUUUAGCCAAGAUGGAAGCUGAUAUGAAGAACGUAUUCCAGCAAAAGGUCGCUGAGAAGGAGCAGAAAUUAAAGAAGUCCGAAGGGGAGUUGUUUGCUCGUCAUAAAGAGAUGAAAGAUAACCUUGAGAAGCAGCGUGCUGAACUUGAAAAGAAGAAGUCCCGAUUGGAGCAGACCAGAGCUGUUGGUGAAGAGAAGAAAUCUCGUAAUAAAUUCGGCCUUGGAGGCAGAAAUUAA